UGUGUGUGAUUUUUUGAGUAAAAUUUGUGUUUAAACUUAUUUCUAGUUUCCGCUCUAUGUGAAUUUUAUCUAUGAAACAAACGCUUUAACAAGUGAGGGCAAUACUUCAUUGUAUUUUUCUGAAUACUUAAAAAAAACGCCAAAAUUGGCUUACUGCAAACACAUUUUUGUUAUAAAUCUCAAAAAAGAAUACAAAUUUAACCAAAUUCACAAUUAAAUAUAAAUGAAUUUAUAAAAAAAUGGAUACCGAUAGUGAAUUUCUUGAAAAUAUUAAAGCCUGUCGAACUUGUGGCAUACACUACGUAACACCAACCAGUCAUCAGCUUAAGCAUCUUUUUCAGUCACCACUGGAGCACUCAGAAAUAAUGUUAAUACGCUUAGAAUUAGCUCAAUGGAAUGUGGAGGUAUCAGAGAACGAUGGCUAUCCCCAGUUUAUUUGCAAUACCUGCAUACAUAAGUUCGAACAAGUAUUCGAAUUGCGUGCCUCUUGCAUUAAUGCCCAGAAUGAGUUUCGUAAAUUUUAUAACGUAGCAAAUUCCAAUAUCGCCAAUAUUAAGAUAAAAUCAGAAUUGCCUGAACCGGAUGAAGAGCUACCGAUAUGUGAUUUUAUAUAUGUGGAUGAUUUGAGUGAUACGGAAUAUGAUGGUGCAACACCUUUCAAUAUACCUCAUGUCCCCAUCAAAGUAGAACAGAUAGAGGCCGCCACCAUACCAAUGGAAGUAACACAACAGCCUACACAUCUAGUGGAAUCAGCCAGCCGUGUAGUUGUACAAACGGCACCUUCCCCACCACAUACGCCUCAACGUAUGCCGUCGCUUAACGAAAGUGUAGCUGCCGCCAGUCCACCAGCCGCAAUUAGUGUACCAAUGCCUGUAGAUCAAGUUGAGUGCAAAUUAUGCCAGCAUCUUUCCCCUAGUCCGGAUGAACAUAAGCUACAUAAGCAACGUGCUCAUGAAAUCAGAGAUAUGGGUUGUCAUAUAUGUGGCAAAGAAUUCAAAAAUUCUACUCCGGCGCGUCUAAAGUUUCACAUGAAAUGGCAUACACUUAAUAAACAUGUAAAGUGUGCUCAAUGUGGUUUUGUGUGCAAAUCCAAAGAAGCUUUAAAGGAACAUAAACGGGCUAAUCAUGGCAGAAUAAAUUGCAAAAUAUGUGGCAAAGGUGUUUUAGCAAAAAAGAUGAAAUCACAUUUACGUCAACAUGAACUACUAACGAAAUAUUCCUGUGAAUAUUGUACAGAAGCAUUCGCUACAGAGGAUGAACGAGAAAAUCAUAUUUGGCAAAUACAUGCCAAUGAAGACAUCAAUACAGCAGCCAACACUAUAUCAACAUCUCAAAUAGCAAGUACCCAAGAAGCAACACAAGAAGCAAUGUUUGAGGUACAGCAAGCGCCAGAAAUAUUGAGUCACGAACCUGAAGAUGAUAUAAUCAACUAUACAUUUCUGUGUGCCCACUGUGAACAAGGAUUUAUGGAACAAAUUGAUUUGGAAGCACAUGUAAAAGAACAGCAUCGUCCUAAUACAUACUUAACAGCGGUACAAACUGAAACUGCAGACUUUGAUGAGCAGGCAGUAGUAAAUAAAACUAAUGAAAUCACUCAUCAUGACCAAGAGGAUAAUGAUGGUGAACAUACUAAUAUAACGGUAUUUGAAGAUUAUGACAAUGAUACAGAAGAAGUUCAUGUGCCUGCAAAUAAUAAUGAUUGCUUUAUAAACAAAACUCCAGUAGUUACACAAGAAUCCGAACAUAUGGAAAAUGAAGAAAACGAUCAACAUGAGUAUUCUGAUGAAACAACCGAAUAUCACACUGAAACAGCUUCAAAUACCUCAGCCACAGACGAAGAAGAAGAGUCCAGUGCCACAGAUUCGAAUGACGAGACUGGCAGUAUGUUGCCUGCAUAUGACCAAAAUAAACUUAAUACAUUUGCUUGUGCAAAAUGUUCGGAAACAUUUGCCACCAUUGAACAAUUACGUCAACAUUAUGGACAGCAUUUGGCAGCUGCUCAAACAAACAUAACUCCCACUAAAUCGAAAUUUAAAUGUAAUUUGUGCGGCAAAUCUUUUGACUUGAAAUUUAGUCUUAAUCGACAUGUUAAAAAACACAAAACUGCUCCAAUUUGAAUAAUCCAAAACGCAUCAUAUGCCUAGUAUUUCAUAAUGUACAUAUUAUUUGUAAUGUAUACAAACCUCAUCCAGCAAAACCAACACUCAUAUAUAUAAUGUAUUUUCUUUAAUUUUUCUUAUUUAAGAUUUUAGUUUUAAGAUUUUUCUCGCUACCAUAAAUAAUUUUCUUAAGAAAAUUAUCUUAAAAUUCCAUAAAUAUACAUACAUAUAUUUCAUUAUAUAACUAUUUAAUAUUAACAUAAAUAAAACUUUAGUAAUGAAACUUGACAAAGUUUUCUCGU